GGUAGUCCCCCGGUGUGUGUCCCAAAGAAGCGGCGAGGAGAGCAGCUGGGUCCUCCGAUCCUCGACGUUCAAUCGGCGCGCAAGAUAAUACACGCAGGACAUUCUAACAUCGACAAUUGUCAUCGUUGCCCGCUCUCUCUCCCUCUCUCUCUCUCUCCUUUUCUCUCUCUCUCUCUCUCUCUCUCUCUCUCUGUCGCGUAUCGUUCCAAUAAUUCUGCGGCACGUGUUACGCAUUAGAAAGUGUUAACAAUUUCAUUUUCCUCCUUCGCCAAAUCUCUCGUGUUUCUUCCCCCUUUUCUCACUCUUCGUCACCACGUUCCUUCUCGCCGUUUUCGAUCGACGAGGAUCGUCGCGUACGUUUUGGAAGAAUAAGUUAACCCGGCAUCGUGAAAAACAGAGAGAGAGAAGAAGUGUGCAUUCUUCGGAUAUCUCACGAGGGACAAGGCGGAAAAACAGUGCGCGCUCAUGCGUGGAUCGACGGGAUCGCGAGUACGCGUUACGGUGAUCCAGUUACGCGCGUUCUACACGCGAAGAAGAGGGAAAGGGAGACGAUUUCCUUGAGGAGAGAGAAAGAGAAAACGGUCCUCGGUCACGGUGUGAGUGAUGCUAUGGUACAUGCGCUAUUAAAUCUCAUCCAACGUUUUCGUCAUCCGACCCUUGUGUUCCCUGGGGGUCGUAUCUCCGCGCAAUCCCAAGUGAUCGACGUAGUUCCGUGGAUCUGAAGAUCGGGAACGCAAGAAGAGCGCGAGAGGGAAAGUGCGUCACGUCGAUUUGGGACGAGUUGCGAGGAAGAAGAAUGAGGAGAUAGCGCGCGCGAGGAAGAUUUUUUUUCGUUACGCGGUAUCCACGUGUCUUCGAGAUUGUCUUUGACGAUCCAAGGGUGAUGUUUGUGAGGCGAGUGUGAAAAAUCUGAGAAAAUUAGGAUCCAUCGAUUAACGAGGCUCGUUAGUGAUACACGCGACUGGCUCAUAUGUCAUCGUACAAUCGCUAGCGGUCCGUUCGUCCGUCAGAGACGUCAUAGAAUACAAUAGCGAUCGGCAGCGAUUUGUGAAAAUUGAAAGAGAGCUGGUCGCGGAAGAGAAGAAACGCAAGAGUAAAAAAAAGCGAGAGACAAGCGCAUCUGUCUACUCGGCGAUAUUUCGGCAGGACUAGAAGAAAUCGGCGGAAGUUAGAGGAAAGACGUUCGUCCCGCCGACGUCCGAUCCGUCAUCUUCGUCGUAUUAGAACGAUAGAAUCACGGGGCUUAGCGUCGACGACAAGGACGCCGGGCAAAGGAGGUCCAACACUUCACUUCUCGCUUGACGAUCAAGACAAACGGCGCGGCGAUAACGAGGGCACCGCCGGGAUUCAGUCAAUUGGUACCGCGCGUCGUCGGUGAACGAUGAUAUUUAACUGCGACCCGCGUGCUACACAGUGACAGCCGGUGUGGAGGAAAAGGGACCGGAAGACAGUCAGACCGCAGACGGAACCAGAAGUUGGAGGAUGGUGGUUUGAAAUCGGCGAGACGACACCGGGAAGGCGACGCACGUGAGAGCGACUCUCUGACAGAUCCCCCACAAGGUGAAUAGACACAACGAUGGUAGAUACACAACAUUUUUGUCUGCGAUGGAACAAUUACCAGAGCAGCAUAACCUCGGCGUUUGAAAAUCUGCGGGACGAUGAGGACUUCGUGGACGUGACGCUGGCCUGCGACGGCAAGAGCCUGAAAGCGCAUCGCGUCGUUCUCUCUGCCUGUAGUCCGUACUUCAGAGAAUUGCUCAAGAGCACACCGUGCAAACACCCAGUGAUAGUGCUCCAGGAUGUAGCGUUCAGCGACUUGCAUGCCUUAGUGGAGUUUAUAUAUCAUGGCGAAGUAAACGUGCAUCAACGUUCUCUCAGUAGUUUUCUGAAGACGGCGGAGGUCCUCAGGGUAUCGGGCCUCACGCAACAGACCGACCAAACCGACAGAGAUGAGCUGUCGCAUGUCCGCGCGUUGGCGGCCGGCGGCAAUCACCUGCCGUUCCACGAGAAGUCGGAGGAGACUUUCCCUCGCGGCGGCGGCGGCUCGCCUACGCCUGUGACCCCGACGCCGACCACAGUGCAGCAACUCCUGCGCCGUGCCCAGAUACGUCGAAACGAGAGACGCACCCCGGAUCCGCACGAUGAGUCGGCGAAGAGACCGCGGGUGCCGUCGCCGCCGCUCAACAACAACGACGCUACGCCGACGGACUUCUCGAUGGUCAAGAACAACCACCUGUCGACGAAGGUGGAGGGCAACGGGGUGCACGACGAGAACAGCCUCGUCGAGGAGAAUAUAAAGUGCGAGCCAUUGGAGUUGACCGGCGGUAACGGCGGCGGCAACGCCGGCAACGAGGACUCGUCGGAUUCCGGCGCCGCGGCGUCGGACCGGCCGCCCGCGUCCGCGAGCAGCAACGAGCACGAGCCCGAACCGGAGCACACGUCCGCGCAGAAUUUCCUGCCGGAGAGCAAGCUCUUCACCUCGACGCCUGGCAGCUUCAACUUUAGUAUGGCGGCGCUCACCACCGACCACACGCCGUUGUCAGUGAAAUUUCCAGGGUUGGGCCAUGGCUUGCAGACACCGGAUCUAGCGGGCACUUCGCAAGACCAGGAGGUCACCGAGGAGGACGGGGGUUGGCAGUCCGCUACCAACAUCGAAUACCACCGAAAAGUACAGGAAUCGAACCAAAAUACAAGCGCAAAUCGAUACGGCGAGACGAUGGUGCAAUCGCAACCUCAAGAGCUGCCGAUAAUCGAUCUCUUAGACAACAUUAACGAUCAGAUGGAGAUCGUGCUGAAAUCGGAGCCUAUCUCGCCGAGGAUGGACGAGCUCGAGUCCUGCCUAUUGUCGAAUCAUAUACUCGAGAGGCAUACGGAUCUUGAUUCGACGCAUGAGUAUCGUCACGAUGACCUUCGAGAUAAACAACAGCCGCAAACGUCCGGAAGAUUUUCGAAUAAUGACGCACCGUCACAGUUCAACCUGCGGUUACGAUCACAAAACGGUAUCCUGCAAUCGAAGCGCGUAGACGCGUUGCGUGCCUAUUAUGAAUCGGAUCGUAAAUCCACGAAUCGCACUUACUGCAAUUUUUGCCAGAAAACCUUCUCACGCGCUUGGUCCCUGCAGAGACACUUGGCUGACACGCAUUUUUACGUGCCGCAAUCUUUAUCUUGUGAUCAGUGCGGUAGAAGUUACAAGUCCAAGAACAGUCUGGUCAGUCAUAAAAGCCAGUAUCACGCUCGCAAGGAUCGCAAAGAGCAAGAAGCAAAAUGCGAAGUCACGUAUUGACCGGCAGCACUGAUCUAGGACGAACUUCUCCGUUGUAUCGUAAAAUACGAUGAAUAAAAAAAACUAAGAAUACAAUCGUCGUGUACAGAGUGCACGUACGAUGCAAACCUUGGAGAUUUCUACGGAGAAAGAAAGAGAGAGAGAGAGAGAGAGAGAGAGAGAGAUGUUGUCUACCGGCUGUCAAUAGAAGACAUUACCCG